CGGAGUCCGGACUAUUCGGGUGGAUACCUCUUGGAUUGUCUGUUAAGCUUCUCAUGGUAUAUAAACAUGGUAUUUAAACUUGUCCUAAACAUCGUAUGAGUCCUAGUUAUUUCUUUUGACUGCUCGACAAGACAACGCUCGCCAGUCCAGCGAGUCUACCAGAGCCAUUUAAUUGUAUUUUUUUAUUUCUCAGGAAUCACACCGACCGCCGCUAGACCUAAAGACAUGCCUCUUGAUCGUGGCCCUUCACCUUUUACCCCCUCCCUUAGACGUGUCGAAGCCAUGUCUCCCCUGGAUAACGAAGUUCACCCAGUCUUCCAUGCUGGUAGAGUGGCAGUUAUCACUGGCGCUGCGAGCGGUAUCGGUAAAGCUGCUGCUAUCGAAUUGGCAAAGCUAGGUCUGAAAAUUGCUAUGGCGGAUCUCAUGGAAGAUGUCUUGGCCUUUGCUGCCAAGGAGGUCAUUUCCAUUGUUGGAGAGGCUAAUGUACUUGUUAUUCCGACCGAUGUGUCGAAGAUCGACGACGUUGUGCGUUUGCGCGACAGGGUCUAUGAGGCGUGGGGCGAGGUUGCAGUUCUCCUCAACAAUGCUGCCAUAGGUCCCGACAGCAAAUCUUGGAAGAUGCUGGAUAACUGGAAGAAGACGUUUGACGUCAAUCUUUUCGGUGUGAUCAAUGUGCAGCAGACCUUUGUGCCAUCCAUGCUGCACCAGGAGAACCAAGCUGUCGUCAUCAACACUGGAUCCAAGCAAGGGAUCACCAAUCCACCUGGCAACCCAGCAUACAACGCCGCAAAGGCCGCGGUGAAGAGUCUGACGGAAGGACUCGCACACGAGCUUCGCGAAAGUCCGGCGUGCAACGUCACCGCGCAUCUCUUCAUCCCUGGGUGGACCUUUACAGGUCUGACCGCUCGCAACGGUGGCGAGAAACCCGCAGGCGCUUGGACGGCUGAGGAGACAGUUCUUUUCAUGCUCGACCAUGUUCGUGCUGGCGAGUUUUACAUCCUCUGCCCUGACAACGAGUCUCGCCACCAACUCGAUCAGCUACGCAUCAUGUGGGGUGCGGCAGAUGUUGUCGAGGGCAGGCCUGCGCUGAGUCGUUGGCACAAAGACUGGAAGUCCCUCUUUGAAGAGUACGUGCGUGACGGGCUGGCUAACAUGGAGUGAGGAGAUGCGCAAUAACAUAUUAUACCGAUCAUGUUGGGAGGAAUGCAGCAAAAGACGUGUUCGAAGUGUUGUUGUUCUCAUAGUUAUCGAGUAUCGCUUCACUAUGUAUAAACGUUGUUCCUAUAUGUAAUGUCAACAUUUCGUUCGAGUUUA